GCGAGUUAUGGCAUACGCCGCGGCACCUUCAGGCUAUAUCAAUUCGCUCCCUUCUGCAUGUAAGGGUAUCCGAGCCCCGGAUAUGACAGAGCACGCCAUCGAUCUAGCUGAACGUUUCCGAAAGAUGAAUAUGAUCUACCGUAUCCCCUCUUCCUCCACCUGGGGUAUCGCGGGCUCGUCUCGGAAAUCUGAAGUAUUGCUCAAGCGGCGUAGGCAGUAGGCUGUAACUCGCUCCAUACCAAGGUAGGAUAUGGAUAACCCGUGUUUUCCUCGCCCACAGUUGCCCCUCUUAGAUCCAUAUACAUCUAGACAGACAUAGCAGCCUAGUUAUUUCCGAACCUACACCCGAAAAAACCGAACGAACAAGCAACAAUGGUCUCCCUCCACCCCCUCCUCGACAACGGCCUCACCAAGGGCAACCCCAACCACGCAGGCGGUAAACUAUACUGCAAAUGCGCCAGCGACCCCGUCGAAGUAACCCUCGCCUCCAACGUAGCGCACAACCACGCCUGCGGGUGCUCCAAGUGCUGGAAGCCCGAAGGUGCGCUCUUCAGCAUCGUCGGCGUGAUACCACGCGACAACCUCUCGGUGACCGCCAACGAGCACAAGCUCCAAAUCGUUGACCCCAAAGCCGCGAUCCAACGACACGCAUGCACAAGCUGCGGCGUGCAUCUAUACGGACGCAUUGAAGUAGACCACGCCUUCAAGGGUCUCGACUUCGUGCACGCGGAGCUGAGCCCCGAGCCCGGCUGGCAGGAGCCGCAGUUCGCGGCUUUCGUCAGCAGUAUCAUUGAGCAGGGUUUCGACCCGGCUAAGAUCGGUGAGGUCCGUGAUAAACUUCAUGGAAUUGGCCUCCAGACGUACGAUGUCCUCGCGCCCGGGCUGAUGGACCUCAUCGCUACGUUCACUGCGAAGAAGUCCGGGGCCUUGAAAUGACUAGAUAGCGUCGGUCGGGAGAGGAGUCGCUUAUGAUGAUGAUGGAUGAGGUCACCCGCCUCGCCGUGGGCGGAGCCAUACUGUAGACGGGGAAUAUCACUGAUGACUGAGAAAAGGGGGUUAAUCGGAGAGGAUCGUAGUUAGGUUAUAUGCGGAUGGUACAACUGUAUACAUAGGACCUAUAAUGCCCACAGUCCAUCAAGGUGUCCAUCAGGGUGUUUGGGGCUUUUACCCAUUGGCCACGUGAAAUCCGUAUGUUUUCGGGACAUGAAGUUGGUAACAUCAUGAGGGAAAGGGAACACAGUUCGUUUUAUAGGCGGACACUCCUGUGGGGAUCAGUAAUCAAGUAACGUCGUAGACAUACCUUCUCAGAGGGGUAAGUGGAUGAAAGAUAAUAAAAAAGGUUAGCCCCUUCUUAUAACUACCCAUGUAUUAUCGUGAUUGAACGCUCUU